GCAAGCGAAAACACUGACUUUUUCGUUUUCGACAGAGUAUAUUUUCGAUUUGACGUUCUUAUCUUUAGCGAGUUUUGCAUUUUACGGUGAUUCCUUUUGCAUUGCGGAUAGUGCGUAAAUAAAAACAUAAUUUUAAUAUGAAAGUUUGGUUUCUGUAGAAAUAGUGAAAUCCAAUCGAUUCAGGAAUAAUGAUUGGCCAAGUUAUUGUAAGCUUCGUGUCCAUCAAGUGUAACUGAUUCUAAAAUUAGAGUCGGCGCAUUUAGGAUUAAACAAUGCCGAAGGUGCCGUACAAGUCGUCGGAGCAACCCGCUCGAGACGACGAGGAUUACGAGAUCGUGUCGUUUGAGGACUUCUGCGACAAGUCCCCGGGAUCGAAAACCGAUUUAUUGACGUUGAACGACAACAUCAACUAUCGCAUUUGUUACGAGGGCGAGAAGCCCGUGAAAUUUGUGGAUGAUAAUGGUGGCACGUCCAGCAGAGACUUGGAGCAGCUGGAAACAUCCCUGAAUGGCUCUAAGGUCAGCUUCAAGGAGCGGUUGUCAAAUUUUGCGCCUUUCGGGAAAGCGUCGAAGACCGCGAGAGGGUCUCCGUUUAGUGGAGUUAUACCGAAGGCUCGGGCUGAAAGCGACUCUCCUAGGGAGCAUAGAUACCAACGCUUUUCAUCUCGACGCAACAUCUGCCAGCGCGUCUGCGACGGUCUUCCGUGCUAUGGCUCCGGGCUCAUAUUGGUGAUAAUAGUAUGCGCGCUGUGCGCAGGCGCAUGGUGGGCUGUGUGCGGCGCAGUGGGCGGCGCGUGGGGCGAGGAGCACUACAGACGAUUAUGGGAGCGAGCACAUCCGGACAACGUGAAGAAACCACCCACUCCAAUCACAUAUGAAAAGAUAUUGCCGGAAUUCCGCUACCAUGACCACAACAACCUGAGCACGAAAAACAAGCUAAACGCGACCGAACUAUCUAAAAAGAAGCCAGAUCUCUACAAGAAGGCGUAUACAGAGCGGCCGCCCGAGGUGAUGAGUGACAUCUGUGCACAGAUCCAGGAUAAUAUGAGGUUUGACUGUUUCCCGCAAGAUGGUGGUAAUGAGAAGGACUGUGUGCAAAGAGGUUGUUGCUGGCUCCCCGCGAAAACCAAAGGCGCCCCAUACUGCUACUACCCUCCGCAAUACGACACAUACCGUUUCGCGAACAUGACUGAAACUAAGCAUGGUGCCACAGCGUACUACCAGCGAAUGCGGCCUUCUGGCUACCCCGCCGACUUCGAAAUAGCCAGGAUGGACUUUAAAUACCUGUCUGAUGAUGUUCUUCAAAUUAAGAUCUAUGACGCCGAAAACAAGCGCUUCGAGCCUCCGUACCCCGAGAUGCCCAUGGUCCCCGAGCCCAUCUCCAACCUCAAGUACCGCGUGCAGAUUGAGAGCGCUACCGUUGGCUUUAAGGUCAUAAGGAAUUCUGAUAACGUCACCCUUAUAAACACUCAAGAUGUGGGCGGUCUCAUCCUAUCCGACAAAUUCCUCCAACUGUCGGCCAUUUUACCCUCUUCUCAAAUCUACGGCCUCGGCGAGCGACAGUCCCGGUUCAAACACGACAUGGACUGGAAGACGUACGCUAUGUUUAACUACGACGCCGCGCCUACUGAGAACACAAACUUGUACGGGACCCACCCCUUCUACUUGAACCUGGAGCCCAGCGGGAAUAGCCACGGCAUGCUUCUGCUCAACUCGUACGCCAUGGACGUGAUCCUCCAGCCAGCACCGGCUAUAACCUACCGAAGUACCGGCGGCGUGUUGAAUCUGUUCCUGUUGGCCGGCCCCUCCCCCGCGCAGGUGGCCGCGCAGUACACGGGGCUAGUCGGGCGGCCCGCCAUGCCGCCGUACUGGGCGCUCGGCUUCCACCUCUGCAAAUUCGUCUACGGCAGUUUGAACGUGACUAGAGACGUGUGGCAGAAGAAUAGAGAUGCUGGCAUUCCAUUUGAUGUCCAAUGGAACGAUCUGGAUUAUAUGAACAACUCAAACGACUUCACGUACGACAAGGUGAAAUACGCCGGUCUACCAGAAUUCGUCGACGAAUUGCAUAAAGACGGGAUGCACUACGUAGUGCUUAUAGAUCCCGGCGUGAGCGCGGGCGAGCCUCCCGGCGAGUACCCUCCCUUCGACCGCGGCGUGGCGCUGGACAUCUUCAUCAAGAAUUCUACUAAACAACCUUUCAUUGCAAAGACGUGGAACAAGAUAUCGACGGCAUAUCCAGACUUCACGCAUCCCAGCGCCACCGCUUAUUGGGUCGAGAUGAUGACUAGUUUACACAAGGAAGUACCUUUCGACGGAGCCUGGAUUGACAUGAACGAGCCAUCCAACAUGCUAUCCGGCCCCCUCCACGGCUCCUGCGCCCCAGAGGACCUCCCAUACAAGCCCCAUACAUCCGGCGCAGACGGUCUCCGCUCUAAGACCAUUUGUAUGGAUGCCCAACACUAUGCCGGCUCCCAUAGAGACUGGCACAACUUGUACGCGCUCACUGAAGCCGUCGCCACGGACUUCGCGCUAACAGAGAUCCGUGGUAAGCGUCCCUUCAUCAUCUCCCGCUCCACCUUCGUGGGUUCCGGACGCUACGCGGGUCACUGGAGCGGCGACGUGUUCAGCGAAUGGCACGACAUGGCCAUGUCCAUACCCGAAAUCCUAAGCUUCAGCCUGUUCGGCAUACCAAUGAUGGGCGCCGAUAUCUGCGGUUUCAACGGCGACACCACUGUUGAGUUAUGCAAGCGAUGGAUGCAGCUAGGGGCCUUCUAUCCCUUCUCACGGAACCACAACUCUGAUCGAUCCAUCCCCCAAGAUCCAGUCAGCUUGGGCCCGGAGGUGGUGGAGGCGAGCAAGCAAGCAUUGCGCACGCGCUACCGCCUGCUGCCGUACUACUACACGUUAUUCUGGCGCGCUCACGUGGCCGGGGAAACUGUCGCUAGACCGCUCUUCUUCGAAACACCCGAAAACCCAGUGACCCACGACAUCGACGCCCAAUUCCUCAUAGGCCCGUACAUCAUGAUAUCGCCCAUACUAGAGCAGGGCGCCAGGACCACCCGCGCCUAUUUCCCCGGCGCCUGGUACAACCUGCAGGAUGGCACAACGCUGGCACGUGAUCAGUGGAACAACUUAGAUGAGAACCAGACGGUCGCUGUCCGGGGCGGUGGUAUAAUCCCACUCCAAGAGCCGCCACCGGGUGCGGUGAGCACGCCGCGCGCGCGCUCGAUGCCGCUGCAGCUGCUGGCCGCGCCGGCCGCGAGGCGGGCUGCGGGCCGGCUCUACUGGGACCAUGGAGAUACCCUGAGUGAGUAGCAAGAGCCGCCACCGGGUGCGGUGAGCACGCCGCGCGCGCGCUCGAUGCCGCUGCAGCUGCUGGCCGCGCCGGCCGCGAGGCGGGCUGCGGGCCGGCUCUACUGGGACCAUGGAGAUACCCUGAGUGAGUAGCAAGAGCCGCCACCGGGUGCGGUGAGCACGCCGCGCGCGCGCUCGAUGCCGCUGCAGCUGCUGGCCGCGCCGGCCGCGAGGCGGGCUGCGGGCCGGCUCUACUGGGACCAUGGAGAUACCCUGAGUGAGUAGCAAGAGCCGCCACCGGGUGCGGUGAGCACGCCGCGCGCGCGCUCGAUGCCGCUGCAGCUGCUGGCCGCGCCGGCCGCGAGGCGGGCUGCGGGCCGGCUCUACUGGGACCAUGGAGAUACCCUGAGUGAGUAGCAAGAGCCGCCACCGGGUGCGGUGAGCACGCCGCGCGCGCGCUCGAUGCCGCUGCAGCUGCUGGCCGCGCCGGCCGCGAGGCGGGCUGCGGGCCGGCUCUACUGGGACCAUGGAGAUACCCUGAGUGAGUAGCAAGAGCCGCCACCGGGUGCGGUGAGCACGCCGCGCGCGCGCUCGAUGCCGCUGCAGCUGCUGGCCGCGCCGGCCGCGAGGCGGGCUGCGGGCCGGCUCUACUGGGACCAUGGAGAUACCCUGAGUGAGUAGCAAGAGCCGCCACCGGGUGCGGUGAGCACGCCGCGCGCGCGCUCGAUGCCGCUGCAGCUGCUGGCCGCGCCGGCCGCGAGGCGGGCUGCGGGCCGGCUCUACUGGGACCAUGGAGAUACCCUGAGUGAGUAGCAAGAGCCGCCACCGGGUGCGGUGAGCACGCCGCGCGCGCGCUCGAUGCCGCUGCAGCUGCUGGCCGCGCCGGCCGCGAGGCGGGCUGCGGGCCGGCUCUACUGGGACCAUGGAGAUACCCUGAGUGAGUAGCAAGAGCCGCCACCGGGUGCGGUGAGCACGCCGCGCGCGCGCUCGAUGCCGCUGCAGCUGCUGGCCGCGCCGGCCGCGAGGCGGGCUGCGGGCCGGCUCUACUGGGACCAUGGAGAUACCCUGAGUGAGUAGCAAGAGCCGCCACCGGGUGCGGUGAGCACGCCGCGCGCGCGCUCGAUGCCGCUGCAGCUGCUGGCCGCGCCGGCCGCGAGGCGGGCUGCGGGCCGGCUCUACUGGGACCAUGGAGAUACCCUGAGUGAGUAGCAAGAGCCGCCACCGGGUGCGGUGAGCACGCCGCGCGCGCGCUCGAUGCCGCUGCAGCUGCUGGCCGCGCCGGCCGCGAGGCGGGCUGCGGGCCGGCUCUACUGGGACCAUGGAGAUACCCUGAGUGAGUAGCAAGAGCCGCCACCGGGUGCGGUGAGCACGCCGCGCGCGCGCUCGAUGCCGCUGCAGCUGCUGGCCGCGCCGGCCGCGAGGCGGGCUGCGGGCCGGCUCUACUGGGACCAUGGAGAUACCCUGAGUGAGUAGCAAGAGCCGCCACCGGGUGCGGUGAGCACGCCGCGCGCGCGCUCGAUGCCGCUGCAGCUGCUGGCCGCGCCGGCCGCGAGGCGGGCUGCGGGCCGGCUCUACUGGGACCAUGGAGAUACCCUGAGUGAGUAGCAAGAGCCGCCACCGGGUGCGGUGAGCACGCCGCGCGCGCGCUCGAUGCCGCUGCAGCUGCUGGCCGCGCCGGCCGCGAGGCGGGCUGCGGGCCGGCUCUACUGGGACCAUGGAGAUACCCUGAGUGAGUAGCAAGAGCCGCCACCGGGUGCGGUGAGCACGCCGCGCGCGCGCUCGAUGCCGCUGCAGCUGCUGGCCGCGCCGGCCGCGAGGCGGGCUGCGGGCCGGCUCUACUGGGACCAUGGAGAUACCCUGAGUGAGUAGCAAGAGCCGCCACCGGGUGCGGUGAGCACGCCGCGCGCGCGCUCGAUGCCGCUGCAGCUGCUGGCCGCGCCGGCCGCGAGGCGGGCUGCGGGCCGGCUCUACUGGGACCAUGGAGAUACCCUGAGUGAGUAGCAAGAGCCGCCACCGGGUGCGGUGAGCACGCCGCGCGCGCGCUCGAUGCCGCUGCAGCUGCUGGCCGCGCCGGCCGCGAGGCGGGCUGCGGGCCGGCUCUACUGGGACCAUGGAGAUACCCUGAGUGAGUAGCAAGAGCCGCCACCGGGUGCGGUGAGCACGCCGCGCGCGCGCUCGAUGCCGCUGCAGCUGCUGGCCGCGCCGGCCGCGAGGCGGGCUGCGGGCCGGCUCUACUGGGACCAUGGAGAUACCCUGAGUGAGUAGCAAGAGCCGCCACCGGGUGCGGUGAGCACGCCGCGCGCGCGCUCGAUGCCGCUGCAGCUGCUGGCCGCGCCGGCCGCGAGGCGGGCUGCGGGCCGGCUCUACUGGGACCAUGGAGAUACCCUGAGUGAGUAGCAAGAGCCGCCACCGGGUGCGGUGAGCACGCCGCGCGCGCGCUCGAUGCCGCUGCAGCUGCUGGCCGCGCCGGCCGCGAGGCGGGCUGCGGGCCGGCUCUACUGGGACCAUGGAGAUACCCUGAGUGAGUAGCAAGAGCCGCCACCGGGUGCGGUGAGCACGCCGCGCGCGCGCUCGAUGCCGCUGCAGCUGCUGGCCGCGCCGGCCGCGAGGCGGGCUGCGGGCCGGCUCUACUGGGACCAUGGAGAUACCCUGAGUGAGUAGCAAGAGCCGCCACCGGGUGCGGUGAGCACGCCGCGCGCGCGCUCGAUGCCGCUGCAGCUGCUGGCCGCGCCGGCCGCGAGGCGGGCUGCGGGCCGGCUCUACUGGGACCAUGGAGAUACCCUGAGUGAGUAGCAAGAGCCGCCACCGGGUGCGGUGAGCACGCCGCGCGCGCGCUCGAUGCCGCUGCAGCUGCUGGCCGCGCCGGCCGCGAGGCGGGCUGCGGGCCGGCUCUACUGGGACCAUGGAGAUACCCUGAGUGAGUAGCAAGAGCCGCCACCGGGUGCGGUGAGCACGCCGCGCGCGCGCUCGAUGCCGCUGCAGCUGCUGGCCGCGCCGGCCGCGAGGCGGGCUGCGGGCCGGCUCUACUGGGACCAUGGAGAUACCCUGAACAGCUACGAAGAAAAGCAAUACAGCCACAUAGAAUUCCUGCUCACCUACACCGAACUGAAAAGCGAAGUCCACUGGUGGGGCUACGGGGUCCCUCCCGUCAACAAGGUCACUCUACUCGGCCAAGAAUUACCCGUACAAACCGUCUCUAUAAAUAAUUCGCCGUGCGUCAAACCUUGCCAGUUCACCUAUAACCCGAAGAAUAAGGUACUGGAGAUAUUCAAUAUGACGCUGGCUUUGGAUAAACCGUUCAGUAUUAAAUGGACGUUCAAGCUUAUGUUUACGCCGUAUGUCAAUAGGGUAGAGAAAGUUAGGAAUGAUACUAGGGUUUGAACGAAAAUUAAUUUGUCGUGGGUUUUGUGGAUCAGCUGUCUAUUAAAGACACAGAUAUAAAUAUACCAUAGAUGACGCAAAUGCAUCUACUUCGCGUGUCUGAACCCCGACCAAGCGUCGAGGUUGACCGUCGCUCUUGACAGCCCAUGCGCGUCAGUUGCUGCAGCCGGACGUCCGUGAAAACUUAAAAAAUGCUUCGUUGCGUGAUAAUUAACUGGAACAGCCCAAAAAUUGCGAGCACCCAAAGGCAAGGACAUAUUUCCUAUCACAUUUAAGUAAUUGUAAUGCGUAAAUUUUGUAUGGAAAAGUCGGCACGCUUGGUUUCAAUACAAAUCGUAAUAUUUGCGUCAUCUAGCGUAUAUAUUAAAUUUGUGAUUAAAGAUAUAGAUUAGUACAUGCUAUAAACAACUCUGCAUGUUUUUAAUACAGUUCAUAAUUGAAUGAGAAUAUUGCCAAUGUGGUGUCGCUCGUCAACAAAGUUACUCUAUUUGACCAAGAGUUCCCGAAAAAGCGCAUGUUGCGACUAUACACGUUUUUAAUAAAGUCCAAAAUCAAAUGAAAAUCUGCCAAUAUCGGGUGCGUCAACAAGGUCACUCUACCUAGCCAAGAGUUAUUCAGAUGAUACGCUGGUUUGAGGAGAAUAAAUAAAUCUGGGUUGAAGUCCCUUUUAAAUGUCAAAAGCGCGUUCUAAAUACGACUAUAUAUGUUUGGUGGUAAAGAUCAAAAUCAAAUGGAAAUCAUGGCAAUGCGGUGUAUUUAGUCGUUGUAUUGUGGGUUGCCCUAAAUGUCUACCAAAGGAGCACAUACUAAAAACGAUUGUGUAGGUUUAUUUAUAAGGUUCAAAAUCAAACGAGAAUAGUGGCGUUUAAUUAAAAAGAUCUUGAAUUUAGAGAGCCAGUGGGUUUCCUAAGGUUAUAGCUCUAACAAAGUUCAAAAUGAAAUAAGAUAAUUAGUGGUAAAAUAUUAUUCAACCACGCCCUUUUAUGGCGCCGGCCACCCAGUUUUUUCUAUCACCUUGAAUAAAGUUAAAAAUCAAUCUUUUAACAUGCAGAUACGUCUGCGAGAUAUAAAAGAUUGUUUUUUUUUUUAGAUUUGUCCUGCCGGAAGUGUAACUUUUUCCAUUUUUUCCUUUAAUAUAAAAUUUAAAGUUGAAAAUGCCUAAUGGAGGUGCCGGCAAAAAUAAUGGGUAUCUUGAUUUACCCUAUAUCAUGUUGGUGAAAACUUUGUGUGUUUAUCACAUAAUUAAGAAACACGUAAUUGACGUAGAUGAAAGGUUCAAUAUUGCAUUUUAUGCAUUUCGUAAGUUAAACGUAAAAUUAAAAAAAAUACUAUGUAUUCCUUACCGAGUCCCUUGUGUGUAGGAUACAUUUUAAAGUAGAAUUUAUAAGGUACAAGUCAUAAGCAAUGUUUUUGAAGUUAUUAAUAUAAAAAGAUUUUUAAAAUUAUAGAAAAUAGAAGAUAAGCUAUAGUUUAUCAAAAAGAACACUUUGCUCUAAGAACGAAUUAAAUUAUUUUCUAUGAAAAUAUUUUAAUUUGUGUUUUUUCAAGUAGACACACUACUAUUUCAGUUUAAGAACACUUUGGUUACAAUAAAUGGCUAUAUGCACGACAAUGGCGCCGCUCAAUGUCAAUUGUACCUAUAAAGCUCUUUUCCCCACUAUUAUGAAAGUCUAAACUCCUAAAAGUACUCAAAACCAGCUCUAAAAAUCCCAAGUAAGGACGCUAUGCACGAUAAUUUCGUACAUAUUACAUCCCGUCAUAUCCUAUCUCUAUCGCACGCGCAUAACUAUAUGGCUGUCACGCUCGCCUAGUGGCAUUGACCGCUGCCAUCAUGGGCGGGAGUCCAGUGUUGCCAGGCGUACGAUAAUUAUCGUACAUGUACGAUAAUUUGGGCUCCGAUACGAUGUACGUUCCAAAGAGCAAAAAGUACGAUAAUUUCAGCCCUUGGACGGUGCCACCCAAAAAGUCUAGUAUUUGAAGCAAAAUAUGACUGUUUCUCGCAGAAAUAGGCUACAAUUAGCACCUUUCGGGGGCCGGCUCCUUAGCGUAAAUCAAAAAAAUUUAGUGUUAAUUUUAGUAUGUAAAUUCUGUUGGUGAUCCUAAUAAACAAAUAAACAAAAAUGUUGAAAUUUCCUGUAUAGUUUGGAUUUAUGACAAAAAUACACAAAUAUAAAACUGUUUUUGUAGUUUUUACGCAAGUUUGACGAAAAUUGCGUUUUAUUUGAUUAUAGUAUAGUAUACUCGUAUUGGGCAUGUAAGCCUAUUGUGCAAGAAAUUUUAGGGGUAGUGCCUAUUUGAUAGGCGUUCGUAAUUUUUUUUCAUCGGUACAGUUUUUUUUUAUUUUAUUUUUAUUCGUAAACACAGACAAUAGACAUACAUUAAAAGAACAUAGUGAAAAUAAAGCGUCACGAAAUGGCCCCAUCUCAGCAUGCUGUUGGCGACUUCCAGCGCUGAUCUUCCGAUGAGACCAUCAAGUGAGUUUGAUUUUGACACUCAAAUACGACAAUUCUCUUCCGCUCACCUGGCAACAUUGGGUGUGACAGCAAUAUAAUUAUGAGCGUGCGAUAGAGAUUUGAAAUGGCGGGUGAAUGUACGAAAUUAUUCGUAGCAUCCUCACUUUACAAACCGCCAUUUUAGUAUCUGAGGGUCUCCCGCGAUAAUCGAAAUUUCGUUAUCUGCCUCUCUAUAACUCGAAUAUGUUAUAUGCAAGUGAUAGAGAGGCAGAUAACAAAAUUUCGAUUUACGCGGUAGGCCCUACGGUAUAUAAAAACCGGACAAGUGCGAGUCGGACUCGCCCACCGAAGGUUCCGUACUUUUUAGUAGGUAUUUGUUGUUUUAGUGGCAACAGCAACACAUCUGUGAAAAUUUCAGCUGCCUAGCUAUCACGGUUCGUGAGAUACAGCCUGGUGACAGACGGACAGCUGAGUCUUAGUAAUAGGGUUCAGUUUUUACCCUUUGGGUACGGAACCCUAAAAACAGAGCUUAAUAUAUGUGCUCAUUGAAAAGUGCAUCGAAUGGCCAUCCUGUAGAUAUACAAAUAAAUUGUAAGUUUUAACCUAUUGCAGUUUAAAUGGUGUGUGAAAGUGUUAAAGAGUGUUAAAUAUCCCGUUUAUUUUAUCGGUUUAUAUUAAAUAACUAUAAGUUUUGAAUUGAAAACAAUAAAAAACCCGGUGCUUGUCAUAUGUUUAAUUAGUAUUCGCCGUCAGAUUCAUGUAUAUAUUUGUACAAUCAUCAUCAUCUUCCUCGCGUUAUCCCGACCUUUAUGCCACGGCUCAUGAGAGCCUGGGGUCCGCUUGGCAACUAAUCCCGAGAAUUAACGUAGCCACUAGUUUUUACCUUCCAACCCAGAGGGUAAACUAGGCCUUAUUGGGAUUAGUCCGGUUUCCUCACGAUGUUUUCCUUCACCGAAAAGCGACUGGUAAAUAUCAAAUGAUAUUUCGUACAUAAGUUUCGAAAAACUCAUUGGUACGAGCCGGUGUUUGAACCCGCGACCUCCUGAUUGAAAGUCGCACGCUCUUACCGCUAGGCCACCAGCGCACAUAUUUGUACAAUCAUGCAAAAAUAAUAAUAUCUGGAAUGGAUCUUUAACCUCCUAAGGCUCACCUACGAGUAUAGUUCUGACCUAUAGUAGGGUAGGGUGGUCUAAGACUGCGCACAGGUUUGGGGUGGGAUAAAUUAAAAACAAACUGUAAUAAAUGCAGUUGGCGUGCAGUUAGUUCCCAUCCAAAUUGCAGUCGGUUUGCAGUCCUGCUGUAUCGGCCCUAAGGCUCACCGCCGAUGAAAUUUAAUGUUCAAUUGGAACAGUUGCAUUUCUUUUGUUUCGUUCCAUUUUAAAACAAAACAAAAUCAUUAUUAUUCACAACGACAGGACUUAAUCGCGUAACAUAAGUUUUAAAUUUACCUCCGACGUUUCGAGGACGGCGUUGUCCCCGUGGUCCAGUCGUUGUGAAUAAUGAGUAAAAAUCGUGAAAGUUUAAAUCAGUGUAAAACAAAAUCAACAAAUUUUUUUUUAUGUUUCUUAGUCAAACGGAAGGUUGUAUAAUAUAUCUAGUCAUAAGAUAAUUAGAAGUAGGUAGAUAAUAAAAAUUACUUUACAUGUUUUUUAUACUUACGUGUUAUUACAAAAAAGAGUUUUAGAUUGCCACUACCAAGUAUUUUGAAUUGUAUCCAUACUAAUAUUAUAAAUGCGAAAGUGUGUGUGCCUGACGGAUUUAGGUUAAAGGAGGGUGGGCUAAUUGGCCAUUUGACCAAUAAGGGUAAGCAGUAUGUCACCGGAUAGGUUAUUCUAAGUUGUAAAACUUUUACUAUGGUAGUCACAAAUUUUUGUGUGAAAAAUGUUAUUGCCGCAAAAGUUGUGUUGAAACGUGAUUAUAUAGUUUUUUUCGAUACUAAGUUCCUGUGUCGCAGAUCAUGAAGGUUUUUUUUUUAUUUUCGAUGAUUUCGUGUCAUGAUAUUUUAGUUUUUUAUUCGUUUUCCUAUGUUUUUUUGUCAUAUUUUUUUAACAGAUUUGACAAGUCGCCGUACAAAAAAAAAGGAGUAUAUUAAAAAACCUUUCCGAUGUUCAUACAAUUCUGCCAUCCUCCCUUGGCAUAGAGAUUAAGUCCCGGGGAAGGACAUAGAAUGGUUUAUAUGUCGGAAGUUAUCCCUAAAGACGGUGAAAAGGGGGGUGGAAAUGAUAAAAUUAAUGAAUUGCCUGUUAAUUGCUGUUAGCAAUUAAGCAUAUUAUGCUCAAAAUUAUUGCCAUUACAUUUUAUCCAGGCGCUAUGCUUACUCUAACUGCUGGAACUAAUUCCACGCAGACGAAGUCGCGGGCAAAAGCUAGUGAAUAUACGGUUUUGAAUCGAAACAUGAAACAGUUUUAAAGCUCAGAGCACACUGGCUGUGCGUACACGUGCAUGUGGGAGCGUGAGCUAAAAUGUUGGAGCCGUGCACGCACACGUCAAGCGGUGUGCUGUCUAAAGUAUCAGUAUAUUACAACGCGCAUCCGGUGUGCACAGGCCUUAAAACAAAAUCCAGUUGAUUAAAUGUAGUUCUUAUAUUUUUCCUGUAAGCUAGUCAUUUUAUUGACAAAGACACGUGUCAUUAGAAUUUCAACCUUAGCACUUUGAUUCAAUGAUGCUUUGAUUUGAGUGAAACGGCAAAAGCUAAAUAUACAAAUUGAACUUUCACGUCAAGUCUUAAUUGAAUCUGACAUUUUAGUAACAUAACUUUUUCAUUAAAAUCCUAAAUAUUUUUUGUUUGAAAUAAAUCAGUAGCAGUACCUAUUACAUAGCCUACCCAAAUCAAUGUAUAGAUAUCGCACAAAAAGGCCACGCACAAAAUACGUCGUGUAUUAUCGUGUAAAAAUAUGAAAGUUAUGUUAUAAUAUAAUCAACAUAUCUCGUAUAAUCGUGUUUUGUGAUAUAGAAACGGCCAUGCUGAAGUUUUGGGGCCAUCUCACACUAGCGUCUCCCGCGUCGGCCUCUAGUCAUCUCUAUGACGCAACGUUGGCGCAACUGCGCAGCGACGCCACUUUCCAUAGCGGUAACUAGACGCCGACGCUCCAGACGCUAGUGUGGUGUGGCCCCGGUCUCAUACCCGUAUGAAUGUGAUAUAAACUAACCCGUAGUGAUAUAAUUAUAGUCAAAUUAUGUUUUCAUCAUGCCAAAGCGAUCGUUUAUACAAUUUAAUUGUUGUUAAUUGUAAGAUUGCACUUAAAUAAACAUGAUAAUGCACCG